AUGGCCCACCUGAAGACCUAUAAGUACCAGAGUGUAGACGAGUCGUGGAUAUCAAAUCAUAUCCUGCGCCACUACUGGAAUGCGGCCGUCAAGUUCCUCCCUAUGUGGCUUGCUCCCAACAUGGUGACACUCUUGGGUUUCUUCUGCAUCUUGAUCAAUAUCGCGUUGCUGCAAGUCUUUGUUCCAGAUCUAGUGGGACCCGCCCCCCCGUGGCUCUCUUAUAGCUUUGCUCUGGGACUGUGGAUGUACUCAACCAUGGACAACAUUGACGGCAAACAAGCCCGCCGAACCGGCACAUCCAGCGGCCUCGGCGAACUCUUUGACCACGGCAUUGACUCGCUCAACUGCACUCUGGGUAGCCUACUCGAGACGGCCGCGAUGGGUCUGGGGCCGACCAAGAUUGGGGCCUUUACAGCACUCGUGCCCUGUCUGCCCAUGUUCUUCUCCACAUGGGAGACAUACCACACGCAUACCCUCUUUCUGGGGGCGUUCAACGGUCCCACCGAAGGUCUCAUCCUCGCAUGCUCCUUCAUGUUGAUCUCAGGCUUGUUGGGCCCGCAAUUCUGGCAAGGACGCAUCGCCGAUUAUGUUGGCUAUCCGCAGAUAUUCGGCGACGUGGUCUUGCUCGACCUUUGGGUCCCCGUCGUCCUUUUCGCCUUCUUUGCGGCCCACCUACCUUCCUGCAUACACAACGUCUACCGGGCACGAAAACAACAAAAUCUUCCUCUCUGGCCCGUCUUCCUGGAGUGGAUUCCGAUGAUCAUCUAUACCGUCUCAGUUGCCGCAUGGUGUGGGUCCCCGUACUCAAUUCUCCUGCGAGACAACUACCUCGUCAUAUUCUGCCUUACGCUCUCCUUCGUGUUUGGCCGACUUACGACAAAAAUCAUCCUCCACCACCUUACGCGUCGGCCGUUUCCCUAUUUCACAAUCGCACUGGUCCCUCUGGCCAUUGGCGCGAUAUUGGCCUGGCUACCACUUUUCGGAUUCGACCCGGUCCCGGCUGAGUUUGAACGCUGGUAUAUCUAUGGAUGCUUUGUCUUCGCUAUGAUUCAGUACUUCGUGUGGGCGGUCCGGGUGAUUAAUCGCAUCUGUCAAGUCUUGGACAUCAACUGUUUGACGAUCAAGGAAAAGAAGACUGAUCAGAGAGAGCAACCGGCGUCGUUCACCACCAAGGAGCUAAAGGCCAGGGUGUAUGAGAAUGGGGACCUGAAACAGAAGAAGGAGCUUUAG